AUGAGUGUAAGCUUUUCAGUCUGUCCCUUUGCGCCCGCGUUUUUCCGUCCCGUCGCCCACGCGAUCUCCUCUCGCCUCCCUUACCCACGCGAUUGUCGCCGCCCUUCCGUGGCUCGUCCCGCUGCCUUCUCAUCGCCCAUCCCAUCGUCCAUCCCGUCGCCCAUACCAUCGCCCAUCUCGUCGCCCAUCCCGUCGCCCAUCCCGUCGUCGAUCCCGUCGCCCUUCCCGUCGCCCAUCCUGUCGCCCCUCCCUCCGCCCUUCCUAUCUCCCCUCGCCUAUCCUCUCCCCCGUCGCCCUUUCUCUCCCCCGUCGCCCUUUCUCUCUCCCGUCGCCCUUUCUCUUUCCCGUUGCCCUCCCUCCUGUCGCCCUUUAUCUCUCCCGUCGCCGAUCCUCUCUCCCCUCGCCCUUCCUUUCUCCCGUCGCCUAUCCUCUCUCCCGUCGCCCUUUAUCUCUCCCGUCGCCUAUCCUCUCUCCCGUCGCCCUUUCCCUCUCCCGUCGCCUAUCCUCUCUCCCUCGAAACACUCUCUACGUGCGUCGUCGUUUCCUUCUCUCUCUUCCUUUUUUUAUUCCUAA